AGUCGGGGGGAGGAUAUGGGGGGAGCUGGAGGAUGGCUGGGCACAGACGGUCCCCAGGGCUCAGCCUUCACUUUCUGGGUCUUCUUUCUCCUUUUCAACCCUUCCACACUCCCCCUUUCAUUCGCCUGGCGUUUCACUCCUCCCUUCCCUUGUCACACCUGCUGGCCUCUUUCUUUCUUUCUUUCUUUCUUCCUUUCUUUCUUUCUUCUCCUCUCCCUGAUUUCCCCCCCCCCGCAGUGGAGGCCGGGGAGGUGGGGCAGGCCAGGCUGGGAACACACCCUGUCUUCAUCCCACCCCGUUCCCUCCUUCCCAGCCCCAGUGAGAGGCAGCGCAGGCUCCGGGAUGGGGGAGCCGGGGGAGCCUGGGGGGCUGCGGGACCUGGCACUGGACUGGCAGUUCCUGCGCUCCACCAAGGGGGUGCUGCUGGGCACCGAGCUGGCCCUGUGUUUUCUGAUCUUCCUGCUGCUGACAGCCUCGGCCUCGGCCUACAUGGCGCCCGCCCUGCUGGAGACGCUGCUGACGGCCGGUGCCCUGGGCCUGCGUCUCACCCGCUGCCAGGAGAGGGCGCCACGGAUCCACUGGCCCUGCCUGGAUUUCCUGCGCUCUGCCAGCGCCACCCUGGUCUUCCUGGUGGUGUCGCCGGCUGCCAUCGCCGCCAGCCAGGAGGGGCCAGCCGUCAGCGCCUUCACCUUCGGCCUCAUCCUCAUCGCCGUGUUUGCCUACGACGCCUUCAGCACCUACUGGGCCGAGAUCAGGCCGGAGCCAGCCCAGGAUGGCAACGGGAACCUGGCGUAAGAGGAAAAUUGCCCCCGGCUGGGGACAGAAAUAACCCCCCUGAUCUCCCUCCCCCCCAAGCUCUGCCGGUGCCCCUCACUGCCUACCCGCAGCCCCCUGCUAGCCCAGCCCUGCCCCGCCCCAGCCCUGCUGGUGCCCCUCACUCCUGACCCGCAGCCCUCCUCCUCCCGGCCCUGGGCCCCCUGCAAACCCCCAGUCCUUGGGGCAAAGGGGCGAGUUGGGCUCUGGGUUUGUUUGCAUUUAAAUUGUGCAAAGGGGGAAAUUACAUGUGCUUUGGCCUGGUA